AUGGUGCGUCUACGAGAAAUCCCACGCACCGCCGUCUUCGCCUGGUCUCCCGGUGCAGGCUCGCCGCUUGUUGUAACGGGCACGCGUGCCGGCGCUGUCAACGAUGAUUUCUCUAGCGAGGUCAAAUUGGAGCUGUGGGAUCUAGGCUUGGAGAAACUGGGCCAGGACAGCGACUUGACGCCAGCUGGCAGCAUCACGACCGACUCCGGCUUCAAUGAUAUUGCCUGGAGCGAGCCGGAUGACGACCAUCCACUUGGUGUAAUCGCCGGGGCAUUGGAGAAUGGCUCUGUGGAUCUGUGGGACGCACAGAAACUACGCAAUGGCGGCUCCGACGCAUUUAUCUCUCGAACGACCAAGCACAGUGGCAGCGCCAAGGCAUUGCAAUGGAACCCACACCGACACAACCUGCUCGCUUCGGUGGGUGCCAAGGGCGAGAUCUUUAUUUACGAUCUCAACAACAUGGCCAACCCUUUCCGGCUCGGGGCCACUGCAGUAAGAGCAGACGACAUUGAAUGUUUGGACUGGAACAAGCAAGAGAAGACGGCACACAUCUUGGCUACUGGGAGUAGCGCUGGCUUUGUCACUGUAUGGGACGUUAAGCAGAAGAAGGAUAUUCUGACGUUGAAUAACCAAGGCCGCAAGGCGGUCAGCGCGGUUGCCUGGGAUCCUCUAGAGAGCACCAAAUUGGCUACUGCCACACCCAAUGAUCAAGAUCCCGCGAUCUUACUGUGGAGCUUGAGGAACAGCAGUGCGCCAGAGAGGACACUCAAGGGCCAUGAACUGGGUGUGCUCAGCCUUUCGUGGUGUAUUCAGGACCCAGAGCUUCUGUUAUCGUCUGGAAAGGACAAUCGCACGAUCUGCUGGAAUCCGAAGACUGCGGAGCGAUACAGCGAUUUUGCGGCUGGCUCGAACUGGGCUUUCCAAACGAAGUGGAACCCGCAUAACCCCAGUCUGGUCGCAAGCGCAUCUUUUGACGGAAAGAUUCUCAUUACCUCGACACAGACCACAAACGCCAAGGCAGAAGAACAAAAUGCCGCAAACCAAGUACUGGACAGCGAGGACUUCUUCGCGAAGGCUCAGACCCAACCACAAGGCAUACCUUUCAACCUCCCAAAAACGCCGAAGUGGGCAGCCCGGCCAGUCAGCGCCUCGUUUGGUUUUGGUGGCAAGCUCAUCAGAGUCACCUCUGACGCUGCGCGAAAAAGUAAAAUCACGAUUGAUUCGUUCGCUGUUGACAGCUCAGUCGGCGAUGCAACGAAUCAAUUUGAGGAGAGGCUCAACAAAGGCGAUCUUGCAAGCAUCUGCGCCAGAAAGAUCGAAACAGCAAAGACUGAAGAAGAGAAGGCCGAUUGGCAAGUCAUCGAAACUCUGAAUGCCGGAAAAUCCAGAAAGAAGCUCAGACAGUAUCUUGGAUUCGAGGACGAAGCCGACAACGAUCUUGCGGAGCAGGCCUCAAAGCUGGGUAUUAACGGCGAUGCAGCGGGCGAUGCGCCCAAGACCGAGACCAACGGUGCCGUCGACGACUUUUUCGGUAGUGGCGAGGACGGCGACAACUUCCUGGCCGACCUUGCGGCAUCUAAGGAUGCCAAGAUCAACAAUCCUUUCUCCAUAUACACGGGCUCCGAAACCGAUGCAGACAAGAGCAUUACACGCGCGCUAAUGCUUGGCGAAUUCGAGAAGGCAUUGGACGUUUGCCUCAAGGAAGACCGCAUGUCAGACGCUUUCAUGAUUGCUGUAUGCGGUGGCCAGAAAUGCAUUGACAAGGCUCAAAAUACAUAUCUCAAGAAAAACGUCAAGGGACCAAAUUACUUGCGUCUGCUAGCAAGCAUCGUCGGAAAGAACUUGUGGGACGUCGUGCACAAUGCGGACAUCAGUAACUGGAAGGAAGUCAUGGCCACACUUUGCACAUAUGCCGAUGAGAAGGAGUUCUCUGAUCUGUGCGAGGCACUUGGAGACCGUCUAGAAGAAGCGUACCAGACUGGCGACGACCCUAAAUCCCUUAGGCGCGAUGCCAGCUUCUGCUACCUGGUCGGUUCGAACCUGGAGAAGGUUGUGAACAAUUGGGUGGAAGAGCUGCACGAGGAAGAGAAGGCAGCCUUAGAGAAGACUGAAGAGGAUAGCAGCUUCUCGGUCCACGCCAAGUGUCUGCAGGAGUUCAUCGAGAAGGUGUCUGUCUUCCGUAAGGUCACCAACUUCCGCGAUUCUGAGAUGCAGUCCACUGCAGAUUGGAAGCUCGCCCCUCUGUACAACCUGUACACUGAGUAUGCGGACAUACUGACUGCUCAUGGCCAGCUAGCGAGCGCAGAGCGAUACCUUGAACUUCUGCCCCCCAAAUUCGGCGGCGCAGAGUCAGCUCAGCAACGGAUCAAGCAGGCUAACCGCAAGGCUGCGCCUGCUUCUCAGCGACCAGCAGCUAACCAGCGAGGUGGACCUCGUGCUCCAUCUACCACGCAAGCAUUCCUGCCGACCCAGCCAGCACAGCCAUUGAUAAAUCAAGCGCGCAAUCCAGCACCUUCUCCGUACACACCCGCUGCGGUCGGUACCCCUGCACAGGCUACUCCAGGACCAUACGCACCAGUCGGCAGUCAAUACGCACCAACCGGUUACCAGCCUCCGCAGCCAUAUGCUGCGCCUGGUUAUGGUGGAUAUCAACCUCCUCAGCAGCAACCAGCAGUUCCACCGCCUCCUCGUGCUGGAACAGCGUCUCCUUCAAUGCCUCCACCAUCAGCUUCACGCAACAUGACGAACUGGAACGACAUGCCUGAGGGAUUCCUAAAGGAGCGACAAACCACUUCGCGGCGCGGCACACCCGGACCCCAACCUGUGGCCUCACCUUUCCCGAACGCGGUGCCAGGGGUUGCAUCUCCUCCGCCAGGUCCGCCAGCGCAGUAUGGUCUGCAAAAAGCAACUCCGCCUCUUCCACCUCCCCCGAAGGCUGGCGAGGCACCACCUAGAGUCACAUCUCCGCUUACUGGUCCACCACAGCAGCCGUACCAAAGGUCUCCAUCGGCUGCUGCGAACGCAUACGCACCACCGCAGUCAUCACAGCCGGUAGGUUCAACUUUGCCACCGCCAUCGGCUGCCGCUGCCAUACCCCGUGGUCCAUCUCCAUACCAACCUCCGCCUUCGACCUCCUCGGCCGCGCCAUCGAAUAGGUACGCGCCAGCACCGGGUAGCCAGCCAUCAGCUGCACCACAUGCCAUGCCGCCGCAGAGGAACGUCGCUCCCAAUCCGUAUCAAGCCCAGCAGCAGAGUCCAUAUGCACCUCAACAAGCGCCACAGCAGACACCGUAUGGCCAGCCUCCUCAAGCACAACCACCUCCACCGCGAGCGGGUCCACCACCCGGAGGUCCACCGCGUGGCCCACCUCCCUCUUCUGCUCCUCCGCGACAAGGCCCUCCCAUCGGAGGCGGCCCUGCGCCUCCUGUCCAGCCAAUGCCUCAGCCAGCGGGUACUCCUCAGCCGAACACUGCAGAGUUCCAAGCUCCAGCCGCACCUCCGAAGCAGAAGCAUCCACGAGGCGACCGCUCCCACGUUCCGUCAAACGCCCAGCCUAUUGUUGAUCUGCUAACGCCCGAAGUCGCUCGAAUCAAAUCAGUUGCGCCUCAAGCUUUCAAGCCUCAAGUCGAUGACAUGGAUAAGCGAAUCAACAUCUUGUUCGACCACCUCAAUAACGAGGAGUUGCUGAAGCCGGAUACCGUGCAGCAGAUGGUUGAGAUCUCACAGCUUGUGCAGCGUAAAGAAUGGGACCAGGCCCAGGCGCAGUUCAAUGAGAUGCAAUCGGCCAAGCUGGAGACGGAAGGCACGCAUUGGAUGGUAAGCUACAAUACGAAUGUCGUUGACUUGAGACUGUUGUACUAAUGUGUUUCUAGGUCGGUGUCAAGCGACUGAUUGCCAUUGGACGUGCUACAAAGGCAUAG